UAAACGUUAAGUCUGUAACUAAUCAAUAAUAUUUGUCGCGAAUGCACGCUCCGGUCACAUAAUUUAUUGAAGAAUUGGUCCAUGUUCGGUAACGCUCGGCUCCGCGUUCGAUUGCUUGAGUCUAUUCCAAGAUGGCGCUGUGAAAGCCGAGGUUUGUUUUCCAUGGGUGUAAAGUAUGUUUAAGUGCAUUAACCGAACGGCCCAGUGUACCAGAUACCUCCAGGCAGCACGAACCGGUUUCUGUACCAACCAAGAUUUUAGGCUGGUGUCAUCCUUGCAACUCAGAAUGACCGACCCGGCUGUGAAGAGGGUUGUUGGUGACAUAAUUCGCUCUCCCGAGGACAAGCGGGUUUACAGGGCCCUGGAGUUUACCAAUGGCCUGAAGGCCAUGCUCGUCAGUGACCCAACAACAGACAAAUCCUCAGCUGCUUUGGAUGUCCACAUAGGUUCAUUAUCGGACCCAGGGAAUAUCGCGGGCAUUGCACACUUUUGUGAGCACAUGCUCUUCCUGGGAACGAAGAAGUAUCCCAAGGAAAACGAGUACAGCCAGUUCCUCAGUGAGCAUGCAGGCAGCUCCAAUGCCUUUACCAGUGGAGAGCACACCAACUAUUACUUUGAUGUGUCCCAUGAGCACUUGGAAGGAGCACUAGAUAGGUUUGCCCAGUUCUUCCUGUGCCCGCUGUUUGAUGAGAGCUGCAAGGACCGAGAGGUGAACGCUGUGGACUCGGAGCACGAGAAGAACCUCAUGAAUGAUGCAUGGAGGCUGUUUCAGUUGGAGAAGGCCACUGGCAACCCUAACCAUCCCUUCAGUAAAUUUGGAACAGGUAACAAGUUGACCCUUGAGACCAGACCAUCCAAGGAUGGAAUUGACAUCCGUCAAGAGCUCCUGCAGUUUCACUCCACAUAUUACUCCUCUAACCUCAUGGGGCUGUGUGUGUUGGGGAGAGAAUCAUUAGAUGAUUUGACCUCCAUGGUGGUUAAGCUGUUUGGAGAAGUGGAGAACAAGAGCGUCCCUCUGCCUGAAUUCCCAGAGCAUCCCUUCCAGGAGGAGCACCUCAGACAAUUCUACAAAGUGGUGCCAAUCAAGGACAUCAGGAACCUCUAUGUGACUUUCCCGAUCUCGGACCUCCAGAAGUACUACAAGUCUAACCCAGGACAUUAUCUAGGGCAUCUGAUUGGACACGAAGGACCUGGAAGUUUGCUGUCCGAGCUGAAAUCUAAAGGCUGGGUGAACACACUUGUUGGAGGGCAAAAAGAAGGAGCCAGAGGAUUCAUGUUCUUCAUCAUCAAUGUGGACUUGACUGAAGAGGGCCUUUUACACGUUGAGGACAUCAUCUUCCACAUGUUCCAAUACAUCCAGAAACUGCGUACUGAGGGACCUCAGGAGUGGGUGUUCGAGGAGUGCAAGGAUUUAAACAAAGUGGCCUUCAGGUUCAAGGACAAGGAGCGACCCCGUGGCUACACCUCUAAAGUGGCUGGUUUACUACAUUACUACCCUCUUGAAGAGGUGCUAGCAGCAGAGUACCUUCUGGAGGACUUCAGACCAGAUCUGAUUGAGAUGGUGCUGGACAAGCUUAGACCAGAACACGUCAGAGUUGCAGUUGUGUCAAAGUCAUUUGAAGGUCAAACUGACAAGACAGAAGAAUGGUAUGGCACACAGUACAAACAGGAGGCCAUCUCCGAAGAGACCAUCAAGAAAUGGGGAAAUGCAGACCUCAACGGGAAGUUCAAGUUGCCCAUGAAAAACGAGUUCAUCCCAACCAACUUCGAGAUCUACCCUCUUGAGAAAGAUUCUCCGUCAGUCCCCACUUUGAUCAAGGACACUGCCAUGAGCAAAGUGUGGUUCAAGCAGGACGACAAGUUCUUCCUGCCCAAGGCAUGCCUGAACUUUGAGUUCUUCAGUCGCUACCUAUACACUGAUCCCCUGCACUGCAACAUGACCUACUUGUUACUCAGGUUACUGAAGGAUGAUUUGAAAGAGUAUACAUAUGCAGCCAGCCUGGCCGGGCUGGUGUAUGGCGUAGCCUCAGGGAUGAAUGCCAUCCUCCUGUCUGUCAAAGGUUACAAUGACAAACAGCACAUCCUGCUGAAGAAGAUCAUUGAGAAAAUGGCCACAUUUGAGGUCGACGAGAAGCGAUUUGACAUCAUCAAGGAAGCGUACAUGAGGUCUUUGAUUAACUUCAGAGCCGAGCAGCCUCACCAGCACGCCAUGUACUACCUCCGUCUACUAAUGACUGAGGUUGCUUGGACCAAAGAUGAGCUCAGAGAGGCUCUGGAUGAUGUAACUCUUCUGCGCCUCAAGGCCUUCCUACCUCAGCUAUUGUCACGGUUACAUAUUGAAACCCUUCUCCAUGGAAACAUCACCAAGGAGUCGGCUCUUGGCAUGAUGCAAAUGGUGGAGGACACGCUCAUUGAGCACGCUCACACGAAGCCCCUCCUCCCGAGCCAACUGAUUCGCUACAGAGAGGUGCAGGUUCCAGACGGUGGCUGGUAUGUUUAUCAGCAAAGGAACGAGGUGCACAACAACUGCGGCAUUGAGAUCUACUACCAGACGGACAUGCAGACGACCCACGACAACAUGCUGCUGGAGCUGUUCUGUCAGAUCAUCUCGGAGCCCUGCUUCAACACCCUGAGAACCAAAGAACAGCUGGGCUAUAUUGUGUUCAGCGGGCCCCGGCGGGCCAACGGUGUCCAGGGGCUGCGUUUCAUCAUCCAGUCGGAGAAGGCACCCCACUACCUGGAGAGCCGCGUGGAGGCGUUCCUCUGCACCAUGGAGAAGGCUGUGGAAGAGAUGAACGAUGAAGCCUUCCAGAAACACAUCCAGGCCCUGGCCAUCCGCCGCCUGGACAAGCCCAAGAAGCUGUCUGCCGAGUGCGCCAAGUACUGGGGAGAGAUCAUCUCUCAGCAGUAUAAUUUCGACAGAGAUAACAUUGAAGUGGGAUAUCUGAAGACUCUGACAAAAGAAAACGUGAUACAGUUCUAUACAGAUCGUCUGACAGUCGGCGCCCAGAAGAGACACAAGGUGUCUGUGCACGUCCUGUCCAGAGAGAUGGACUCCUGUCCAAUCGUGGGAGAGUUCCCCGCUCAGAACGAUGUCAACCUGGCCCCUGCUCCUUCCCUGCCUCAGCCCACGUUGGUUCAGGACAUGACGGAGUUCAAGAGGAGUCUGCCUCUGUUCCCGCUGGUCAAGCCUCACAUCAACUUCAUGGCUGCUAAACUGUGAGCGAAGGCCCGCAGGUGGAGGCGCAGCAGCACGGGGGCACCCCACCACCACCACUGUCCCGUCAGGAAGACUCCAAUCUGACUGAACCUGCAUGAGUAUGAGUGUGUGUGUGUGUGUGUGUGUGUGUGUGUGUGUGUGUGUGUGUGUGUGUGUGUGUGUGUGUGUGUGUGUGUGUGUGUGUGUGUGUGUGUGUGUGUGUGUGUGUGUGUGUGUGUGUGUGUGUGUGUGUGUGUGUGUGUGUGUGUGUGUGUGUGUGUGUGUUUUAAUCGCAGCGUUAGCUGUGAGGCGUCGACGUAGCUGUGACUAACAGUCGAGAGUCACGUCCGACUCGCCUCAUGUUCAAGCCUCCUGACGGAAAAGCGACACUCACCUGCGUCACGGAAACCAUGUAGGUUGUUGUAGAGGAAAAUAGAAACAACCUUAAAAAAGAAAAAAAUAAAGACGAGGGUCAGAUCCCUUUUUUUUUUUUUGGAAAAGGAAGUUGUUCUGCAGAAGCUUCACAUUAGGAGACGUUUUAUUUGGAUUAUUCAGAGACGUGCUGCUGUGAGAGUGGAGAGCUGGUGUGUUGUGAUUAACUGCAUAGACGUUUGAUGACGGUGGCUCCAUGAAGGUGUUUUUCUUUUAUUCGUCGGACUGCUAAUGUUUAUGCCACGUGGCUGUUGGAGGCGCGGCGACUCUCCCGAAAAAUUCGGUCCAGCGUAACAUUUUAUUCAAAUUUCUGCAGAGCGUUGGUGCGGAUUUAAUCCUUUCACUAUUUGACUCUUUUUUUUUGUUUGUUUUUAGUUUUUUGGGAAACUGGUAAAAUGUUGGGAGCCGUUGAGGAGCAGUUUUUAACAGAAUCAGACCUGUGAGAAUGGAUUUUUAUUGCAUUUUACAGUAGUGUGUAAUUCAGACAUCUCAGGGGAACCUCCAUGCUGUUUUGUUUUUUCCCCCAUUGAAUUUUAUUUCGUAAAAUCAUUAAAAUACAAAACAACUAUCAGUCUGUCAUCUAUGUUGGUUCUAUUCACUAAAUGUGAUCAAAUCCU